AUGGACGUCGAUAAUAUGUACAAUAAUGGAGGCAGAAAAAAGUCAGAAGACAUGGUAGAGGGAAAAAACAGAUCCCUGAUUCUGCUCGUGUUUGUGUUGCGAGUCUUCCCUUUCCCUGUUGGUCAAGAUGACGGCAGCGGGUAUGGAUUUGCAAAUGCCGAUGUCAAGAGAACCGACGUACCACAGUCACUGCUCGACCGCUGCUUAGCACCUGCUCAACAUCUUCGUGCUGUUGUUGCUGUGAGGAGGUGUACGAAGACCCAACAACCACAACUACUACAACGACCACCAACCACUACUACUACGGAACCAACAACGACCCGUGAGUUCAGAACAGCUGACUUCCGGCAUAACAUCGAAGACCUUCUUUCAGCGAACGUCGACCCAACAACACUAUCUAACCACCAUCACAAGCAACAUGACGACAACAAUGGACCGACCACACUCAACCGGCGCGCAAUCGUGCUGAAUUACUAUGGGACGAAGAAGGAAAGCUGCUGCGCCAGUCACAGCAAGAAUAUUGAAGAACCCGCAAGAUUGUCGCGAAGUUACGCUCCAACGUUCUCUAUGAGUUUUAUGUAG